UGUGUGCCCUGGGCCUCUCUUGGCAUCUAACAUGAAAGGCAGCAGCCCAAGGGCAGUUCUGUGAUGGAGAUACAGUCCCCCAGGGACUCAGGGUUGUGGGCUGUGUUUUGGGGCCACUGAGCAAAAGAAUGAUGGUGGGAGGCGCCUCUGAAACCUAAUCCAGAGAGGAGUUCUCUGAGCACUUGGGGCUGGUUUCCAACAGUGAUGGAAACACUGUGACAAAAAUAAGUUCUGCUCACCUGAGACAGUAGAAUCCAAUUCAAUUUCAAGUCAAUGUGUAUUUAUUGAGUGCCUGAUUCAGUUUAGGUGAUGGAGAGAAUGGCAGAAUGAGGGAGACAGCCUAAGAAGCAGGCUGAUUCAGGCAGAAAAUCCUUGGGACUCUGCCCCACAGAUAGGUCCACAGGUCUAGAAACGCAAUUUUAUUGGUUUCACCGAGUAAGAAAUUGGUAAAUCUUAGUCUGUGACAUGAGCAAAUAUUUAUUAAAUGCCUACAGUGUGCCGGGCAGCGUCCUGGGGCUGCAGCAGGAGUGGUGAUCCAAGAAGUCCCCAUUCCCUGCCCUGGUGGAGUUCACAUUCUAAUGGGGCAUUUGCAGAAGCAGCGGGUAAGGCCAGAGGAGUCCUCUGGGGAGAGGCCCACAAUGCGAGGGAUUCAAGUGGGAUAAAGUCAGGAGGAACAUCUAGGGAGAAAUGGGAUUUAGCCUGUGGUUUGAAGGUUACAUGUGAUGUGGAUUUUUAAAGGGCUUCAAGCCUUACAGACAGGAGGCUGAGCUGCAUGAACAGGAAUUAGCCCAUUGCAUACCAGCAAGAGUCCAUGACCUGAUCAGAUCCCCUGGGGUGACAGGUGCAUGCUGAGUAACAGAGUGCAUGCUACCAAGUUGGACAACAGAAUGUCGAUAUCACAUGGGGUUUCUGCACACAGGAUAUGCAGUCAAAUAACUUGGGUCUGACUCCCAGCUCUUGCUAGUCUUGUGGUCCAGGGCAUGAUACUUAACCUGAAUCAACAUCAUGCUCCUGAUCAAUGAAAUGGGCAUAAUCAUAACUAGCACAGAGGUUGGUCCUAGGCAUUCAGAUGAGACCAUGAAUGACUGUAAAUGGCUGAGCUGCUGAAUAUUAUUAACAUCGGAUAAAUAGAUCUGACGUUAGGAAAACUGGCACCUGCCACCAAAAACUUUCUGGGAAGCUCAUGACAUCUGCAUUUCUCAAGGGGGCUGGCUGACUUGUAACCCCAUCUACCUGUCAUCCUCUUCUCAAUGCCAUGGUGGUCAUGCUGGACUGAAUGGCAGCCCCAGGGCGGGGGGCGGCAAGAAACAUGCCCAGAAUAUAUUUGCACAACCUGGCCUCCUUCAGUUUUGCACCUGGGGAACCCCACUGGUUUCAUGCUCGUCUGACCCUUGCUGAAUGGCAGGAAACCUUUUGGAUCUACAUAGUGCGUUUCUCAAAGUGUGGUCCUUGGGCCACCUAAUCAGAAUCGCAGGGGCUGCCUGUUAAAAUUAAGUUCUUGGACUCUAACACAAUCACCAUCGCUGGAUAUAGAGCCAGAUGAUUCCCAGGCCCUCUCACGAUGACUUUAGAGCAGGGGUUCUUUGAGAAUGUGGUCCUCAGACCAGCAGCAUCCGUAUCAGGAACCAGUUAGGAAUGCAUUUCCUGGGUACUUCUCCUGAUCUAUCGAAUCAGAAACUCUGGGAAUGAGACCCAGCAGUCUGUAUUUUAACAAACUCUCCAGAUAAUUCUGAUGCCCAUUAAAUUCACAUGGGGAGGUUUUAAAAACUACCUGUGUCCAUCUGCACCCUAUACCAAUUAAAUCAGAAUGCCUGGGACAGGACUCAAGUGUCAUUAUUUUUUCAAAAUCUUCUCCAGUAAUCCUAAUGUGAGGACAGAGUUUAUCAUCACUGGAAGAAAUAGGAAGAUGGCACAAAUGCAUUGCACUUAGAAAGUUGUCCUUCAGUGGUAGGCAUUGUCUCAGUUAAUGCUUGCAACAAGCUUGCAACAGCCUACCAUGACCCAAUUAGCAGGCAGGGAACUUGAGGCUCUCAGAGUUUCAGGGGUGUGACCAAGGUCCAAGGGGCCUCAAACUGUGGGCGCCACUGGGCGGCUGCCCAGCCUGGCUGGGUCUGGGGGAAGGCUGCCUGUUAACCUGGCUCUCUUUAGAGAGCCUUUUCCAGGUGCUAAAGCCUUUUGGCAGCAUGUUGCCUGGGCAGAGCUGAAGCCUGAAAGAGCUCCAGAAAGACAACAGGGACCAGGCUGCAGAUGGGAAGGAAGCGCUAGCGGACACCUUAGGCUUGGGCCCACAAUCAGGGAGCCCCAAAUAGAAAUAACACCGGGCGCUGAUUGGUUUUCCGCCGCUCCAGACCCUGCGCUUGGUGCUUCAAGUGACUCAUCCUUAUGUUCACAUGAUCGCCGAAAGGGAUAAUAUUCCCAGAUCAGUUACCUCCUAGCCUUUCCUAGUCACGUUAUCCCCAGGUUACAGAUGAGGAAACUGAGGCCCAAGGAUUCCAGAGAGCCUGCCCCGGGGUCACCGGUGCGGUCCGGAUGUCUCCAAAGGCUCUCCCACUACUCUGGAAUUCAGAGGCCCUUCCUCGUGCUGCCGCCGCUGAUGGAGUGGAUCCGGGUGGCCGUGGCGCACGCCGGCCACCGCCGCAGCUUCUCCAUGGACAGCGACGACGUCCGCCAGGCGGCCCGGCUGCUGCUGCCCGGUGUGGACUGCGAACCGCGCCAGCUCAGGGCUGACGACUGCUUUUGUGCAUCUCGGAAGCUGGAUGCAGUGGCCAUCGAAGCCAAGUUUAAGCAGGACCUGGGUUUCCGGAUGCUGAACUGUGGACGAACAGACUUGGUGAAGCAGGCGGUGUCUCUGCUGGGGCCUGAUGGGAUCAAUACCAUGAGUGAACAGGGCAUGACUCCCCUGAUGUAUGCCUGCGUCCGUGGGGACGAGGCGAUGGUUCAGAUGCUGCUGGAUGCCGGAGCUGACCUGAAUGUGGAGGUUGUCAGUACUCCUCAUAAAUAUCCAUCCGUCCACCCCGAGACCCGCCAUUGGACGGCUCUGACUUUUGCUGUGUUGCAUGGACAUAUUCCUGUAGUUCAGCUCCUUCUGGAUGCUGGGGCCAAGGUGGAAGGCUCGGUGGAGCACGGCGAGGAGAACUACUCGGAAACGCCCCUCCAGCUGGCAGCUGCUGUAGGAAAUUUUGAGCUGGUUAGUUUGCUGUUGGAGCGUGGUGCCGAUCCCCUGAUAGGAACCAUGUACAGGAAUGGAAUUUCUACAACCCCCCAGGGUGAUAUGAACUCUUUCAGCCAGGCUGCAGCCCACGGACACAGGAAUGUGUUCCGCAAACUGCUCGCCCAGCCAGAGAAGGAGAAGAGUGAUAUCCUGUCCCUGGAGGAGAUUCUGGCUGAGGGGACUGACCUGGCAGAGACAGCCCCGUCCCCUCUGUGCGCCAGCCGCAACAGCAAGGCCAAACUGAGGGCCCUGAGGGAGGCCAUGUAUCACAGCGCUGAGCAUGGCUACGUGGAUGUCACAAUUGAUAUCAGGAGCAUAGGCGUCCCGUGGACUCUACACACCUGGCUGGAGUCUUUGCGGAUCGCCUUCCAGCAGCACCGCAGGCCUCUCAUCCAGUGCUUGUUAAAGGAGUUUAAGACCAUUCAGGAGGAGGAAUACACGGAGGAGCUCGUGACCCAAGGCCUGCCCCUGAUGUUUGAGAUCCUGAAAGCCAGCAAGAACGAAGUGAUCAGCCAGCAGCUGUGCGUCAUCUUCACACACUGCUACGGGCCCUACCCCAUCCCCAAGCUCACGGAGAUCAAACGGAAACAGACCUCACGCUUGGAUCCUCAUUUUCUUAACAAUAAAGAAAUGUCUGAUGUUACCUUUCUGGUAGAAGGAAGACCAUUUUAUGCUCACAAAGUGCUGUUAUUUACAGCCUCUCCAAGGUUCAAAGCGCUCCUCUCCAGCAAGCCAACAAAUGACAGCACCUGCAUAGAGAUCGGUUAUGUGAAAUACUCCAUCUUUCAGCUGGUUAUGCAGUAUCUCUACUACGGUGGCCCAGAGUCACUGCUCAUUAAGAACAAUGAGAUCAUGGAGCUUCUGUCUGCUGCUAAGUUUUUCCAGCUGGAGGCUUUGCAGCGACACUGUGAGAUCAUCUGUGCGAAAAGCAUCAAUACCGACAACUGUGUGGAUAUUUACAACCAUGCCAAGUUUCUUGGCGUCACGGAGCUCUCAGCAUAUUGCGAAGGCUACUUUCUCAAAAACAUGAUGGUCCUCAUUGAAAACGAAGCAUUCAAGCAGCUCCUGUAUGACAAAAAUGGUGAAGGGACCGGCCAGGAUGUGCUCCAGGACUUACAGAGGACGUUGGCCAUCAGAAUUCAGUCCAUUCACUUGUCAUCUUCCAAAGGUUCCGUGGUUUGAAAUGCCCAGUGCAGCGAAUGCUUCCCGGGAACCUUCCAGUUCUCCUGCCGCAUUGGCUUUACACAAACACAGACAAAUUCCACCUGGCACCUGUUUUUGGCUGGGCCAAGGAGCUGCCUCUACUGCUCCCACGUGUUCCUGCUGAAAAACAAAGGACUUUCCACCGGUCUGCAGAUCAGAUCAGCUGGGUCCAGAGCUUAAUGGGCAACUGGACAACCAAGUUAACCCCAACCGAAAGCACCCCUAGGACCUUUGAACACCCACUGCCGGGGACCACUGUCGAAUGAAUGGAUUGAGGCCUUUCAAAGGUCACUCAGGUUCCAGGUUGACAGUUGGAGGACUUCACCGUACCGAUCCUGAAGAGAUUGUAUUACACAUUGAGGACCUUGGUAGCUGUGCUUCAGCAAACGUCAACCAUGGUAGCAAAUUGGUGAGGCUGUGACCCAUAAUGAGGAAAUAAUUUGGCAAAUUUUUAGGGGUGGGAACUUUUUAAAAUGUUCAUUUAAAAAAAACAAAAACAAAAACAGGGCAGUCUUGUAGUUUAAAAUAUAUUUCUAAAAGCUUAACAGUUCGUUUUCAACUAAAUUGUGUUUAGGGAUCUGUGUUUUGAGAUUUUUCUUUCUUUUUUUUUUUUAAAUAGUAAGUCACAGGUCCACACUGUGUAAACAUGCAUCUGAUAAGAUACUGCUGAUAUUCUAAACAAGUCGAAAUAAUCUUGCCUUAGUGAUCAUGAUUACACAAAAGAGGUGCACUGCCAAUAAGUAUCUCUAAUUCAAUAGUUGAAAACAACCUGCAUGCUAAUCGUGGUUUCGGGGUGAGAAUAAAACACCCCCACAUAACAUGCAUUUGCAUGGGUCCGAACCUGUGAAAUGUUACGUUUGUGCUUCAUUUUUGCCAACGUAAAAAUGUUCCAUCAUUUCUAGCUAAAACUCCAUUUGGUGAAACUAACAUAUCCAUUUCUUUUCCUAGUUAUGGAUGAUUUGGGGAUGCUUUUGCAGAAAUGUGUUCAUAGAUGAUGCUGAAUUGGGGGGAGGGGGGCAGCACGUCAGAGAAUUUACUAUUAAUCCCAGAGUUUUCUCUGUAUUCUCAGAAGAUGUUAAUAGUUUGUUACUAGCCAGAGAGUAUGACUAUGUUAGAUUAUUUUUAAAGAUGAAACAUGUAUGAUAGGAUGGAUUCUUUCUGUAUUCUGAGAGUGUACAGUAUAGGAUUAUUAUAAUGAAAGUUUAUAUCAACAGGGUUUCGUUGGCUCUGCCAUAUAUUAUAAGCAAAAGAGAUUGGUAAAGUGCCACAGUAUUCCAGAUAACUUUUCAGUUGCGGCCUUUCUUCUCGUUCUUUAAUUUGAAACCUAGAUACAUGCAGUAAAAACUAGGAGAAUGACUUUUACCCUUGGGGACGGCCAAGUUUUGUUGAUAAACCUAUUUCCUAGCAUGCCUUCAGGAAGUUGCGCCAGACCCUAGAUUGUGAAGGAGCCACUGUUCUUCUGUUGUACGAGCUCCCUGAACCAUUGUUCAGAGGACCAACGUAACAUCGCUUCAUGGGCAUGGCCCAUGGAGCAUCUGGGUGACAUCUGUCUACAGUAUUGGCUCUUCUGCGAGGCUGAUACACAAGGCCUCUCUUCCACAUGGUCAUUUGCAAACCUCCCCCAGCCCCUACCAUCCAAUGUGGAAGGAAAACAAGAACUGCCUGAAGAAGAGUCCAAGCUACAGAUACACAGCGUGUGCAUCGCGGCUGUCACCUUCCUCCUCCCUCUUCUGUAUCCUCAGAGAUGCUGCGUGGAUGUUUCCUUAACCUCAGCUGACUUCCCUGUGAAUGUCUUAAUGCUAGUUCAGGGCCUCCAGGCAUUGAUUUGUACAGUGGCAACUCCCAAUGGGGCUUCUGUUAUCAUUUGUGUGCUUUCUCUGUCAUUAAAAGAAAUGAUUUUCCCAGGCCGUGCA